AUGUCAUAUGCGGAAGACCAGUUUGACGGGAAGAUCAUCUCGACAGAACACCGACCCGACCAAUAUCACACAGAUCACACAACUGCAGAGGGGUGCCGCAAUCACCUGCCCACAGCCCAGCAAUACGUGGACUGCCCCACGCGCCAAACGCGCACCUUGGAUAAGUGCUAUGGGAAUAUACCGGACGCUUACAAAUCCUUUUGUCGGCCCGCUUUGGGGAGCCGCAAGCGGCGUCGAACGGCCCUCGCCGCACCGCGCGACCCCCCGCUCCGCUACGAGUACCCGCUCCGCCCCGCGCUCCGCUACGACUCCCCGCUCCGCUGCGACACCCCGCACCGCGCUCCGCUACGGCUCCGCGCUCCGCUACGGCUCCGCGCUCCGCUACGGCUCCGCUACGGCUCCGCUACGGCUCCGCUACGGCUCCGCUACGACUCCGCGCUCCGCUACGACUCCGCGCUCCGCUACGACUCCCCGCACCGCUACGACUCCCCGCACCGCUACGACUCCCCGCUCCGCUACGACUCCCCGCACCGCUACGACUCCCCGCACCGCUACGACUCCCCGCACCGCUACGACUCCCCGCACCGCUACGACUCCCCGCACCGCUACGACUGCCCGCUCCGCUACGACUCCCCGCUCCGCUACGACUUCCCGCUCCGCUACAACUUCCCGCACUGCGUGCCACUACGACUCCCCGCACCACUACGACUCCGUGCACAGCUACAACUCCCCGCACCGCGCAACUCGCGAUUUCCCUCCCUGUGA